GCGGGCACCGAAUCACCAGGCACGACAGUGGGCUCUGACUCAAUUGGCACGACAGCAGGGGCACCGGGUCAUCAGGUACCGGAUUGUCUGGCUCGACAGCGGGCAUCGGGUCACCAGGUAUGACAGCGGGCACUGGGUCACCAGGCAUCAGGUCAUUUAGCUCGCCAGCAGGCACCGCGUCAUCUGGCAAGGCAGUGGGCACCGAGUCACCAGGCACGACAGCGGGCUCUGAGUCAACUGGCAUGACAGCGGGCACCAGGUCAUCAGGUACCGGAUUGUCUGGCUCGACAGCGGGCAUCGGGUCACCAGGCAUCAGGUCAUUUGGCUCGCCAGCGGGCACCGCGUCAUCUGGCAAGGCAGUGGGCACCGAAUCACCAGGUACGACAGCGGGCUCUGAGUCAAUUGGCACGACAGCGGGCACCGGAUCAGGUACCGGAUCAUCUGGAUCAACAGCGGGCAUCGAGUCAACUGGC